GGGAGCAUUGACUAGGGGAAUCCAGCCCCCAACCCUCUAUCCCAGUCCCCUCCCCUCUGCACCAUAGGGUUGUUGUGCCCAGAGGAUUAGCUUGAUGUCAGGACAAAGCGCUUACAGCGCCUGGAGCAUCUGUCAGCUCCUUGCCCUGGGGACUGCUGGGCCCUGUAAUCCCCACACAUCCUGCAAUGGCCCAGGGCAGCGCCUGAUGCAUCGCCAUGGCUGAAGGAACUCUGGAUUGUGGUGGUGCUCCAUCCCAGGCAGUGCUGACCCCUGGUGAGGCCUGCACCCCCAUCCAGCUACCUGUGGCGAUCCCAGGGCGGAACAGCCUGGCCUGGCCCCACAGCACUGACCAGAAGAUGCAGUGGCUAUCAGAAGUGGGAAGGAGCCCCAUCCAGACAGAGCCUCCCGCACAGAACCAGUUCUUCCUGGAGCCAUGUGAGAUGGGCAGAGGCGCCCCUACAGGGCUGUGCGAGGAGUUGUGCAAAGGUCUCCCUGAGGAGCUGUGUGAGGUGAUGUGCGAGGAUCCUCAAAGGGAGCCGUGCGAGGUGGCAUGCGUGGAGCUGUGUGAGGACACUCCUCCCUGGGAGCUGUGCAGGGAUCCCUCCAUGGAGCCAUGUGAAGGGCCGUGCAAGGAGAUGUGCAAAGAUCCUCCCCCCAGGAAGCCAUGCGAGGGCCCCCUUGGAAGCCCAGUGCAGGGGAAGGCCCGGCUGCCAUCAAUUGUGGUGGAACCCACAGAGGUGGGAGAGGUGGAAAGCGGGGAGCUGCGUUGGCCCCCAGAUGACUUCCUGCUGCUGGAGGGCCAGGACGAGCUCUUCACUGAUGAAGAGGAGCAAGCAGCAGGGCCGGGGCCUGGGGCCACUGCUCUGGAGAGCAGCCUGGAUGAAGUGCUGCUGUGAGGCUGCCAGGGCAGAGGGGACCCCACUCCCCGCCCCGCCCCAGACCCCACUAGAGACCCAGCUGUAGCCUUGUCGGGGGGGUGCAACUCAGGGACCAAGGACACCCUCCCCAGGAGCUGGACAGCAGCAGGAGGGGAUGGGCCCCCUGCCACCAGAACCUUAGGGGGCAGAAUAAGACCAGCCUGGGGCACCCUCUUGGCUGGAUCCAGUGCCCCUCAUCUGUGAGUAAGAGUCAGCCUGACUUUGAUCUGGGACAGCAGCACUAUGGGGCACGCACUGCCCCCACCACCUCCAGGAGCUGGGGCCCAGACUGGGCACCUGCUCUGUAUGGACAGUGGGGACCCAAGGCUCAGGGGAGCUGGGGGCCCUGCCUGCAGGGUUUGUGCUGGUGGGUAUAAGGUGCCCCCUCCUCUCCUGCUGAGCUCAGCAAUAAAAGGUUCCUGUCCUA